AUGACGUCAGCGCCGGCGUCGACGCUGAUAGACACGGCAUCUCACUCCCACUCCCCCUCUCUCGAGCACACCAAUCGCGCCCCCACCCGCGGCAAUCGCCCGUGGCGCACCUCGUCGCACCGCAACGCGGAACACGAUGCGGCCACCGCCACCCACGCGGCACAGCGCCGCCAGUCGCGGCUCGACUUCCAAACGGAGCUCGGCUCGCCGGCGGAGCGGCGCGAAAGGAGCGAGUCGCUAAACCAGCGCAUGAUGGAGGGGCGCGGCGACGCCAUGGGCCACUCGAGCGAGCCGCGCCUCGACACCUCCGGCAGCUGCUCGUCGCCGUUGUCCCUCGACGUGCUCCCCGUGUCGCCCCUCCCCGCGUCGGCCCUUCCCGUGUCGCCCUUCGACGUGCUCCAUAUGCCCGUGCCGGACGGCGGGGAGCGGCCCGACGGGGACGGCACGAGCAGGAGCGAGGUGGCGAGGGGAGGAGGAAGGGCGGAAGGGGAACCGCUGCCGGGCGGCAAGCCGCUGUUUGGGCAGCGGCGGGGGCGCGGGAGGCUGUGGCGGUCCGCCAGAGAGCUGCGCGAGGACGACCCGGGCGACGACGUCGCGCUCUCCUUCGCGGACGACGCGUCACCCGCGGGCGCGCCACUCAAGGCGCGGUCGCCCUUCCAAUGGGUGAUGAAAAGCGCCUCUGGCGUGUUCGCGUCACGCGGUGGGGACGACGGCAGCAGCAGCAGCGGCAGCAGGGACAGCGGCGGCAGCACGCGCAGGUUGGGGAGAAAGGAGGGGUCGGCGCGGGCGGCGCUGGAAGAGUAUAUGAACGUGCCCAUGCAGCUCAAACCAGGGCGCUCCGGGGACAGUGAGCCGCCCAACGCGGAGCAGAUGGGCGCGCGGCGAUGGUGGCUGGGAGGGCCGUGCGUGGUGGCGUUCAAGGCGGCGCUGGCGGCGGCGCGGCGCGUGCGCAUCCCCAUCGUGCACCCGUACUCGCCGUUCUGGCGCGACGUGAACAUCAUCGUGGGCGCCUGCAUCGCCUACAACCUCUGGGAGCUACUGUACAUGGUGGCGUUCGACCUGAGGGCCACGGGCGCGUGGCUCAUCGUCGACUCGUGCCUCUCCCUCGUCUACCUCGCUGACGUGCUCCUCGGCUUCAAAACUGGGUGGUGCGUAGAAGGGGGCGAGGGGCUGGAGAGCGAAUGGGGGCGUGGAGAGGAGAGGAUUUGUGGGCGAGAGGAGAUUCAUGUUGCACCUCCCCUUUCGGCCCUCUUCCUCCAUCUUCUCCCAUCCGCCACCCCCAUGUUCUCUCCCUCCUCUCUCGCCCUCCUUUCGCCCUACCUUCGCCCAUCCCCGUGCACCUCCCUUCGCCCCUCCGCUCGCGCCUCCGCCCACCCCUGCGCUGGCCCUCCUCACUCCGCCCAUGGUCCGAUUGGGGCGGGCAGGUACCUGACGCGGGAGAAGCACGUGAUGGGGGAGGGCGGGGUGAAGAUGCUGCUGCCACAGCAGAUCGUCAUGGACCAGGCGUUGAGGCUGCUGAAGCUGCUGCGCCUGAGGCGGUUGGGGCAGGCGACGCAGCAGCUGAGGCAGUCCGCUCUCGCAGGGCUCUAUAUGGAGAUGACCAUUCUCGUGCUGCAGAUCUGCAUGGUGUGCCACGUGGGCGCCUGUGCCUUUGCGCUCAUCGGCCGGCUCGAGUCGCCCCCCGAGUCGUGGCUAGCAGCGUUCAACUGGAGCAACGGGGGCAGCCAGGAGACGCUAGAGAGUGCGCCGCACGGGGUGGUGUAUGCCGCCGCCUACUACUGGGCCAUGGUCACCUUCGCCUCUGUGGGGUACGGCGACAUACACCCAGUGGACACGCUGGCAGAGCGCCUGUUCGCGACGGGGUACAUCCUGGUGACGUCCAUCCUGCUGGGCUACACCAUCGGGCAGAUCUCCUCGCUUAUCUACUCCAGCCGCGCUCGCCGCGAGUCCGUGCGCCAGCGCUGCAACACGCUGCACAGUCCCACCCCGCCCACACUCUGCCCUGCUCGUCACACCUUCACCCUCUUCCCUCGCUUCCCACUCCGCGUCCGCACCGUAGCUGACGCCCUGCUCUCCCCCUCCCCCUCCCCAUCCGCGUGUGCUGAGCUGAUGGCAGGACGACCUGAGGGCGGACCUCUUUGUGCACUGGUGGCAGCGCCAUGUGCUCCCCAGAGGCGUGCGAUGCAGCGGUCGCUGGCAGUGGCGGAGGCGGUGCCGGCGGUGGCGGGGGCAGUGGGGUACGAGAAGGAGAGCGUGGGCGAGGGGUAUGUGGCGGGCACCCAGGGGCUGAGGGCGGCGCUGGAGAUGCGGCGGGGCGAGGAGGAGUGGAGCAGCCAGCGCGUGUCCGUCAUUUGCAUGGACGCCUCCUUCCAGGCGAAGACGGAGUGCGAGGUGUACCUGCUGCUGCUGGACGACCUGUUUGACGCCCUCGAGAGCUUCCCCGAGCUGCUCACUGCCAUGCGCACCGCGCUGGGGCUGCCCCUGGCGCCCGAUGAGUACCUGGCGCGGCCGCGCUUCAUGGCGUCGCACCGCAGCUUCAAGGGGCUGCACCACAGCAAGAGCAACUCGCGCCCCAUGCCCUUCACGGCUGACAGCAGCAGCAACAAGACAGUGUCGUUUGGUAAGGGGCGCGUGCUGAGGGUGGGCACCAGCUCCAUGCUCCAAUCAUUCAAAGGAUGA